AUGGAUACCCUUGCCCUUAUCGACCCCAGGUUUCAAUACCAGACCGCCAUCCUCAACGGGGUCAAGUACAACUAUAUCCACGCAAACCCGUCGUCAGAAAAGGUAGCCGGCACUGUUUUUCUCGUCCACGGAUGGCCCGAUUUAUCUCUAGGAUGGAGCAACCACAUUCCCUUCCUUCUUUCCAAGGGGAUGAGGGUCGUCGCCUUGGACAUGAUGGGAUACGGAGGAACUGAAUCACCCGAGAGCCCCAGCUUUUACACAUUCAAGCGCGCCUCGGAUGACAUUGCCGCCCUUGCGGGCCAUCUCGGCCUGUCACGCAUCAUUCUUGGCGGACACGACUUCGGUGGUGGUGUGGUCUAUCGUACCGCCAUGUGGCACCCAGAGCUUGUUGCUGCCCUCUACGUCCUUAACACGCCCUUUGUGCCUCCAGUGGCCUCUUUCACUGAUCUGGCUGUCAGCUGGCCUGGGUUCCAUUACCAGCUGCAGUUUCGUUCACAACACGAUGUCCAGGACUACGUUGGUCCGAUCGGCUCGCAGAACGCCACACGCGUGCGUCAAAUCCUCAACACCAUCUAUGGGGUGGUAGGCCCCAGCGGCGAACUAGCCAUCGAUGUUAGCGGCAAAGGGCUUGACUUCAAUUUGCUUGAGGGUGUAACCGAAGACACGCCCCUGCUCAGCAAGACGGAAAUCGACUACUACGUUGAUAGCUUCACUAGAAAACCCUUCAACAACACGCUGAACUGGUAUCGCACCCAAGAGCUAAACUGGGAGGACGAGCUGGCACUAGUGCCGGGCAACGGCACGUAUACCCGCAAGUUCUCGCAGCCUGCCCUGUUCAUCGCUGCAACCUUGGACCCGACGCUUCCCCCAUCCCUAUCGACGGGUAUGGAAACGUACUUUGACAAUUUGAGUCGGGGGGAGGUGAAUGGUUCGCAUUGGAUGAGGUGGGAAAAGCCCGCCGAGGUUGAAACCUACGUCGGAAACUGGUUGGCUAGCUCCGUCUUGGGAAUGUCGUCCCUUGCUUCGAACCUUGCGACCGGGUUUGGGCUAACAACGCUCUGA